GCUCGCAGGAGCUAGAAAUAACUGCUGUUUGGAACACACCAAUAAUAGCUGCCGUCCGUGUUUAGAUAAAAGUGCGCAGGUUAGACUGAAGCUGUCGCUUUAUAACACACCACACAGCUGCUCUGACAAUAACAGCGACUGAAACGCUCCAUCAUCAGCACCUUUAUGAAGCAUUAACAGCCACAGACAGGAGCUGAAGAUGAAGCGAACAUGAUCAGCGCCGAUGAUGGACCCUCCAAAAGCGAGGAGACCCGGGACGCCGGGCAGGGGAGGAUGCGUCCACCUGAAACACUACACCUUCUGUCAGCCGUGGUGGUGUGGUUGGUCACAGGAACCACCAUCUCCAGCCUGAACAAAUGGAUCUUUGCGGUGUACAACUUCAGAUACCCGCUCCUCCUGUCGGCUCUCCACAUGCUCACGGCCAUAGUCGUAGGAGUCAUAAAAUACUGGUUUUUCCAAAAGCGAGGAGUGGCACAGCAGGUCCUGACAUCCAGCGCCAAGUGCAAAGUGUUCCUGCUGAGCCUUACCUUCUGCGCCAGCAUCGCUUUCGGGAACGUCGGACUCAACUACGUGCAGCUGUCCUUCGCUCAGAUGAUCUACACCACCACACCGAUCUUCACUCUGGCUAUCUCAUCUCUGGUGCUCGGUAAACAGCACCACAUUCUCACAUACACGGCCAUGAUGCCCAUCUGCCUCGGGGCUUCGUUCAGCAUCAUGGGCGAGGUGCAGUUUGAUAAGAUGGGCUGUCUGUUCGUGAUCGCUGCCACCGUGCUGCGGGGAGUGAAAAGCAUCCAGCAAAGCAAUCUGCUCCAGGAGGAGAAGAUCAACUCAGUAUUCCUGCUCUAUCUAAUGGCGAUCCCCAGUUUCUGCAUCCUGGCUGUGGCAGCUCUGGUCCUGGAGAACUGGACCACUCUUCAGUCACCCCACCACUACGAUGGCCAUCUGUGGGUUUUCAUCGUGCUCAGCUGCCUGGGUUCUGUGCUCUAUAACCUGGCGAGCUGCUCUGUCAUCAGCCUCACUUCCGCCGUCACGCUGCACAUCCUGGGCAACCUGAGCGUGGUGGGUAACCUGCUGCUCUCCCAGGUGCUAUUCGGUAGCCAGCUUUCUGCAAUGAGCUGUGCUGGAGCCGUGCUCACACUCUCAGGGAUGAUUAUGUAUCAGAACUCGGAGUUCAUCGUCGCAUAUGUGGACUCCCGUCGCACAAAAUCCUCAAAUGGCACUAUCUGCACCGAUGAAGUGGAACCUUAUCCAGGAUGCACUUAUGAAACAUCUUCAUAUCUAGAUCCACCCCAGGAAUCAUCUUUAGAACUUUCCUCAGAUUUAUUCUCUACAGAAUUAUUAUCUACAGAGCCAGCUCUAGAACUGUAUGAUGAUUCUGAACCAUGGGAAGACCUAUACAGUGAUCUAGAACCACCUACAAUACUAGAACAUGACCUAGAAGCAUCUUCAAAACUGUAUCAUGACCUUCAAACACCUCCAAAUCUGAAUCAUGUUCAAGAACCACAUGCAGUACUUGAUCGUGAUCUAAAACCAUCUUCAGAAGUGUGCCGUGACCUAAAACGAUCCUCAGAACCACCUCCAACACUAAAGCAAGAUCUAGAACCAUCCUUAGAACUAGACCAUGACCUAGAACCAUUCUUUGAAAUAGACCAUGAGUUCGAACCUUCUUCAGACCUAGUACAUGAUCUAGAACCAUCUUCAGAACUAGACCAUGAUCCAGAACAAACCUCAGGACUAAGUCCUGACCUAUAGCCAUCCCUUGAACCAGUCCAUGUCCUAAAACCAACCUCAGAACUAGUCCAGGACCUAGAACCAUCUACACCACAAGACUAUGAUCUAGAACCAUAUCUAGCACUAGAUCAUGACCAUGUUCAUUACUGAGGAAAUUCAUUAGGACUGUAUAAUGAUCCUGAGUUACCUCAAGAAUCAUAAUUUGAAGGCUACAGUGAUGUAAAUCCAUCUACAGGCCUGGAAAUGUUUCCAGAACUAGCCCAGAAAAUCUGACAAGAAGACAGAGACAGAAUUCGACAAGAUAAUGAAAUGAGGACAGAAAGACAAACUGGAAAUCGUAAGCUAUAGUCCUUCCUCACAUGAAGCUUCAGUAAAUCUUAUCAGAGGUGCAACUCCGUUGAUGAAUAUGUGACAUAAAAAUAACCAUUUUGGUUUAUGGGCUAGUUUUGUUGUUGUCAUGGUGACAUGACCUCCAUAUUCUUGCUUUUAUUAAUGCCACUGAUUGGAUUUUGCCAGGCUGGGACUUGGUAUUUAAAAAAAAAAAAAAAAAAAAAAAAAAAAAAAAACACAGAACAGUUCCAUCAGCACGAGUACCAUGCCGGAGGAAAAGUGCAAAAUAUGUUUGGAGCCACAGUACCGGUACUUCUUCACUGUGCCAAUAUAUUUCAACUAUCCCCAAGCUCACAAAGUUCUGAGACUUCUCCUAUUACCUCCAUACACACCGGGUGGCAUAAACACUCAUGCGUGAAUGCAGACGACGUUAUCUUUAUCUCCACUGUGAAGCCACGACCCAGGUGUCUGUGGGAUUCAACACCUACAUUCUGUAGAUCACCUGUGGACCGUUUUAGCACAAAAAAACUGGUGACAAUUGAAGAAAAGAAGUGCGUUGGUGGUUUUGAGGUACUGUUCUUCUCACUCUGUUAGUCCGGAAGGAGCUUUUAAAGGCAGCUCUUCUUUGUCGGGUGUUUUGUUCAAUAAUGUUUUUAUUCUAAGCUUACGUUUACAUAAACCGCACAGUGGUGAGAUCAUCUCAUUUUUGUUUAGUUUACAGUCAGGACGGACGUUUAAGGAAACUGAUGACAUUUCUAGGUAGAUAAAUGAGACAGAAUAAAGUCUAAAUAAACAGCCACGAGCAGGUUUACUUACAGACAUCAAUCUGACUGAUAUUCUAAAAUGUUUUACUUUUACUGUUAAGAUAUGAUCAGCGUAUGGAAAUCUGAGGCUUCUGAAGCUAAGAGGAAAUAAUGGAAGUCUGUUUCAUCACUGAGAAACUGUCUUUCUUUCACUCUGAAAGAUUCUGUAAUGCAGUAGAUGUUAAUCAUCUUCCUCUGUAAAUUUGUUAGUUUUUGGCAAUUAUCAAUUUAUUUAAGAACGAGUCUUUUAUUUGUAUAUUUUUAACUCUUAACUGUUGUUGGAUUUCAUGGCACAAGUCGGUUCCUGUUAGUACUUGAAUAUAUUAUAUAAUUUAUUUAUAUAUAUAUAUUUAUAUAUAUAUAUUCAACGUAAAUUGUCAUGUUAUUAUAUCAGACAUCGGGAUGUCAUAAAACAUUCAAACACUAUUUAAAAAAUACUCACACACUCACUUAUAAUAUUACAAACACCACUUCCAACCUGAUAAAAUCCAUUGUCCGAGAUGGCCGUCUACAGAACAACAUAACCGUCUACUCAAGCGUUCUGCGGUGCUGUGUAGCGUUGUUUGUGUUUAAAUAUAGCAGAAAGUCCUACAGUCUUCUAAACCAAUGACUUGGUCUGGGACACUGAACAACAGGAAGUACAGAAAGACAUUAAAUCGACAGAGACCCCCAUUAUAUUCACCUCACAGCCUAGAACCAAUGGCCAAUGUCUUUACUUGCUGUAGGAUAGCUGGGACAUGUUAUAUGAUCCCCAUUAUAAGGUUUUAUUCUCAGACCUGACCUUGUCUCUAAGGGCACACAGAUGUCUUUUGUACAGUACAGCUGGGAACAGAAAUGACUCAAAGGGAUUAGUGUUUGUGAUUUUUGUCUAUGUUCCGGUUUCCUUGAUGUUUGUUCCUCAGUAUUAUUUAUGCGGUUAGGAUUUUUUCUGCUGUAUCUCUUACUCAGGCAACAGCACCAGUAAAGGUCACACACUCGCACACUCAAUCACACACAUACCCUCUCACUCACUCACUCACUCACUCACACACUCACACACACUCACACACACUCACUCAGUCACUUGCUUAUUACUCACUUACACACUCGCACACUCAAUCACACACAUACCCUCUCACUCACUCACUCACUCACACACUCACACACACUCACUCAGUCACUUGCUUAUUACUCACUUACACACUCGCACACUCAUUCACACACUCACUCACACAUUCACUCACUCACUCGCUCAUACUGUACACACACACACUCACGCACUCACACACGCACUCACACUCAUUCACUCACUCGGCGUAUGUUGUCAUCUGCUAGAUGGAGAGUAGAUGUCUUUUUUUAUUUAUUUUGGUCUUUUUAAAUGUGAAUGUUAAUUGCACUAGUCAUGAGGACAUUAUCUUGAAGUAGAUUGAUAACAGCGUCAGAAGAGAGUUACUACUGGUGUCCAGUUACAGCCUUCUCAAGGUCCUGUUACAAUAAGUGAACAAGUCGGAGAAACAACAUCGUUUAAAAGAACACCGAAUUAAUCAUGUGCCAAGAAUAUAAAGUUUUAUUCCUCAGUGGAGUUCAUUUUCCGAAUUAGUUAUGGAAAUUUUAUGGAAAUGAAGCCACUGGAUGAGUAUUUUGUAUAUCCACGAGCUUGUGUAAGGACAUUAGUGCCAAUAUGCUACUAACAGGUUUUAACCAAUAUAAAAAGAAAGCAAUGUUGGACAAACAGAAAUAUACUGUAUAUCCAUCAGAGACAGUAAGAAUGAACAAAAUCUAUCUACAGAAAACAAAUACUAAAGAAAUCAGUUCUAUCCUAUCACCAUGUGAGUACAUAAGUAGUCAGUAGUAUCAGUGCAGUUAGGAUAGCAGUAUCUUUCAGAGCAGGAAGUACGACAGAUGACUUCCUGUAUAUGAAGCUUACACAAGGCUCCAAUUGGAAAAGUUUUUAAACGAUCUACUGAUUAAUUAUUUAUCAUAUCUAUUUACGCUGAUUUUCCGCCGAACCCGUCAGCCUGCGUUAAUGGAACUGAAAAUAUUUUACAUUUCAGCCCAUCAGGAAGCUCUGAGGUUUAGUUCUUCAGGAAAAUCGCAUGCUUGGAUUAAACAGACACGAUAGGUAACGUGUUUUGCCAAAUUAUGUGUUGCCUGCAAUUACGGUAACGUAGUGAACCGUCAGCGUUCAGUAGCGUAACAUGUUCAGUUGAUCAUAUCGCUGAUCAGGAAUCUAAAAACAGGUCGACACAAAUGAAUCUCUUGGUACUAGAUUUACUCUAUGUUGUAGAUGUACUGAAGAAACUCAGGAUCCUGUCAGAGAAACGAUCGAAAGGUUGUGAGUUCGAAUCCCCUGGGCCCCUGAGCAAGGCCCUUAACCCUCAGCUGCUCAGUAGUAUAAAGUCGCUUCAGAUAAGGAUGUCUGCCAAAUGCCAUAAAUGUAAUAUCGGACAGAUCUACAGCUUCGGUAUGUCAUAGUUACCAAAUUUCCCCUUAGCAUUAUUAAAGUGCUUUCUACUUUACUGAACUAAUGGGCAGAGAUUUAAAAAAAAAAAGAGUUCAUUAUAAAAUCAGCUCAUGUUUCUGACUCAGUGUUUCUGCGUCUUCUGCUGAAUAGGACUGUAUGGUGGAUUUGCUAUGAGCGAUUAGUUUGGAGUUAAAUACCUCAUCAUCCUUAUUAUUAUUAUUAUUAUUAUUAUUAUUAUUAUUAUUAUAAUUAUUAUUAUUAUUUAAAGCUCCUUCCUCAUAACGUGGCUUCAAAGCAGCUUGCUGUGCUCAAAUCAGAGGAUUUACAGAUAAAGCAGCUCAAUAAUAAAACAUCAUUCUCAGUCACACGGUUACAAAUGAAAAGCGUAUCAAUAAAAAAAGCAAUAGAUAAAGCCGUCGACUUGGUUACUACGUCACGUUAUUACUUAUUUAUUUAUUUAUUUAUUUAUUUUUAUUCAUCAACGGUUUGUCCUCUUCUCAACAAUUUAUUUUUUCUUCUUACUAAACUGCACUGUUGAUUUAUGUCUCCACUGCUUUAUCUGUCUCUCCUCUCAUUUACUCUCUUAUACAUCUGUUCACUUUCAGAUGACUGAUUUUUAUUUAUUUAUUUUUUUUAAUUUUUUUUAUGUUUUAUGAGGGUUACUAAAUGAUAAGAAAUGCAGACUGGCCUGCAUCAUCUUAGUGUUUAGAAGAAGUGCAUGGGGUGGAAUUAGAGAAGGUCAGAGGGGUUGCUGGAAAAUGUUUUUCCACUGAAAAUGUUCUUCAUUGACGUGGAGCAGAGUUUCUCAAUCCAGCACAUCAUCCUUAAACCAUCAGGAUUUAAACUUCCAGAACCUGAUUUCAGAACUGAAGAGAUCUUGAACCUUUUUUUCUGGAACUGUAGGAGUUCUGCAAAAAAAAUGAAAAAUAAAAUAAAAUAAAUAAAUAAAUAAUCAGUAGCUGGGAGUUCAGAAGCUGAUUGUUCUGAAGCUUUUGUCCAGAAACUGAAGGGUUCCAGAGGAACCAACUAUUACUUUCUUUUUUGGAAACUUUUUCAGGAAUUUAAGAGUUUUAGAACUUAAGGAAGCUUCAAUGUUAAAGAAUUUAAGGAAGUGAUCCAAAACACUGAAUGUAGGAGUUUCUUUCCACACACCUGUUUCAGGAACAAAACAGUUCUGGAACAUUUUCAGUACCUGAGGAUUCCAGAACAUUUUUUGGGAACUGAUUUCUAGACCCUUUUAAGGAUCUGUAAAUUUAAGGACCUGAAGAGUUCCUGAAUCUUUUUAGGUAACUGAGGGAACUCUGAGGGAACUCUGGAACAUUUAAAAAAAAAAAUGAGAGACUUGUAAAAUGUAAAGAAUGUAAAGAGUUUCAGAACUUUUUCAGGAAUGUAAAGUGUUUCACAACCUUUUUCAGGAACAGAAACAUUCCUGCAUCCUCUCCCAGGACUGAAUUGGCAUGAAACAUCUUCCAGGAACAAAAUAACUCCUGAAAUCUCCUAGCUAAGAACUCCACAGUUCCUGGAUAAGGUUCUUGCAGGGACGAGGUUAAGUGUUCGGUUCUGUUGUUUGUGUAAAUAUAAUGUUAAGACAUUACAAAACACUCCCAUCUCACUGAAAACAUUCUGUGUCUUGGUUAACGAACAAAGUUUUAAAAAUCAUGGUACCUUCUAAUAUCAGAUCCGUUUCCUGCUGUGAAAAAGCGUCUGGAUCUUCUGAGUUCCUAACAGUGUGUGUUAAUGGAAAUCGUGGACUCUGGCUUGAGAAGCUCUCUGCACACACGAUAUUCCACUGAGCGAGUUUAGAACACUUUUCUGUGAACGUACUUUUGCUCUGUGCACGAUUCACCUGUCAGUGAAAUGUCAGAUGUAAAUAAUUUUUAUUCUAUUUAUGUAUUUUACAAUCAUUGAAACGCUGACUGAAUAAAAAUGCUUGUUUAAGGA